AUGUUGGAUAUGGCUAGCUACUUGCCCGAAUCACAGGCUACCCACCUGCAGUUCUUCCGCGAUGGAGUUACUGCGUCUUUGGGACCGCAUCCCCGUCGGCAUGAAGCACCCACCGCCUGGAGAAGCUUCAUGACAGAUGACAAUACCCCUGUUGAGCUGAGUUGGUGCUGGUCCAAUGCGGCAGAUAUACCAACUGUGCGAUAUGCUGUGGAUCCGAUUGGGAAGGUUGCUGGACCGGCUGCAAGCCCCAUGAACGCAACAUCCAGUGCGAGAUUGCUUCAGAACGCCCUCCCACUUGCGCCUGAAGUUGAUCUGGGUCUAUUGAGCUACUUUCAGCAACGCUUGACAACGGAAGAAACAAUCAACAACAAGGCAUUGGAUUGUUCCGCCGAAGUCCCUCAAUCUCAGCAUUUCAUGGGAUUUGACUUGAUGGAAAAGAGUAUUGUAAUCAAGCAAUAUUUCUUGCCUUCCUGGAGAGCCUUGGCCGAAGGUAGAUCAAACUCGAGCUUGGUUUUGCAAGCGAUCCGAAACCUCCCCGGACCAGCAGAUUCUCUUGCUAGCUCCCUCGACGUUGUCGCCGAUUAUAUUGAAUCGUUCCCUCCUGACUCUCAGCCGGUUGUGGAAAUCCUUGCAAUUGACUGCCUGAAACCCCGUGAUUCGCGCCUGAAGAUCUACCUGCGCAGCCGAAACACGACAUUACACAGCGUUGUUGAUAUGCUGACUCUGGGAGGUCGAGUCGCCAUUUCCGAUGAGGGAUGCAAAUCGCUGAAGGAACUAUGGCGUUCCGUAUUUGACCUGCACCAGGACGAGCAUAGCAACCUGGAUCCACUUCAAGAGAAUUCCCAUCGAACGGGAGGAAUUCUCUAUUACUUCGAGUUGAAAAGCAAUGCCUCUAUUCCACAAUCCAAGGUAUAUCUUCCAGUCCGGCAUUAUUCUCGCGACGAUGAUCAGAUCGCUCGGGGACUGUCCAAGUUCCUCGAGGCCAGAGGAAAGAGACUGAGAACGGGAUCAUACUAUGACGGGGUAAAGGAGCUUUGGUAUGUCCUUCUUGACCAGCUCGACACGAUUACUGGAACAGACUCGAUGGAGUACAGCUAA